AUGAAAGGGUUAGGAGCCAACCGCAGUCGUCACCUAUCUGACUCGUGUGAACCAGCGGGAUGCCCCCAGAAGUCUCUCUGUCCUUUGACCUCUGACCCUCACAGCGCCUUUCUGUUAAGCCCCACCAUAAACCACUAUGGCACCCUGGACCCACACCUCCACCAGUGCUCUCCCACCAGCCCCACUGCCCUGACCCCUGAAUACCUGCUGCCUUUCAGCCAGAUGUCCAACAGCAGCACCUUCCCUCGUCUGCACUUCACCUCCCAGACUGAACAGGUGGACUGCUCCCAGGCCUGUAUGGCUGGUGGUGGGGGAGUUGGGCAGGGCAGCCGGGCAGGUACACUAUCCAACUCCUUGUCUAUGGGCAUGGGCUUGGGUCUUGGUCUUACUGGUGCUCCUAUGAUCACAAGUGGAUCAGCCACCAUCUCCUCUGCAGCAGCAGCCAAGAUGAAUCGGUUACCCUCCAACCUUUUGGAUCAGCUAGAGAGGCACCUGCCCCUUCAGCGUGAUGGCUUCAGUACGCUACAGUUUCAUAGAGGACGUAUGUCGAAGCAACGUAGUGAAAGUCCAGGACGCAUACGCCACCUCAUGCACUCUGUGCAGAAGCUAUUUGCCAAGUCCCAGUCCCUGGAAAACUCUGCAAUCAAAGGCAGCAUUAACGGGCGCUCUGCUGGAGGAAUGACUGGCACCACCGGAGCUGGCGAGGAUGGUGGUAGACCAAAUCGCAGAAGCAAGAGUAAAGACAGGGCUAAAACUGAGGGGCCCAGGCAGAGACCUAGGCCCAAUGCACUAGGCCUGUGGAGCUCAGAUGAUGCCCUGGACACUGAAUCCACCAAAGCUGGCACUAUUGCUGUAGGUUACCGCAACCCAUUGAGCAUGAUGACUCUUGGCAGGGCGGUGUCAGACAGCCAAGCCAGACAUAUCCCACAGGGCUACAACACCAUUUCUGCACAUACUCUCAAGACCUCGAAAAGCAGCAGUGACCUCAAGUUUCUGGCAUGCCCGGUGACACAGGUAGGAUCCAAGGAAGAGGAGGGAAGAACCAGGGGAAGCAAGGAUGAUACACUGGUGAAGAGGGGCUCCUGGUCCACUCUCACCCUCACCCAGGCCAGGCAAGUGUUGCAGAAGGGCUCUGCUACAGUCAACAGGACCCUUCUUAAAUCAAAGUCAUGCCACCAAGACCUGGCACAACAGUUCCUUCAGGUCCCACUGGGGGACUGGGCAGGAACUCUGGGUCGCGGCCGUGCCAAAGGAACUGAGAUCCCCUGUCGAAGGAUGCGCAGCGGCAGCUAUGUGAAAGCUAUGGGAGACUUAGAAGACAGCGAGGACUCAGAGGGAAGCCCCAAACCUUCCCCCAAAUCUGCUGCCCGUCGCCAUAGCUACCUGAAGGCCACCCAGCACUCCCUGAGUGAGCAGCAGCCACCUCCACCUCCACGCAACUCCCUGCCGUCCCUGAAAGAGCUGUCAACUAAUCGGAGCCUUGAUAACUUAGACUGCCUGGUGAGCCCGCUGGAGGCCCCUCCACGCCACAGGAACAAUGAUUUCAGCCAGGGCUCUAGCACAUUGGGCAGAGGCGCGGGCACUCAGCGUGUGAGUCUGCACACGUUCUUUCAGGUAUGCGGGCAGGGCUUUGGGCAUUCGGUACCAUACUAUGAGGGGGAAUCACAGGCAGUGGAGGCUCUGGAUCUGCCUGCGCCUACCUGCUUCCGGUCGCGAAGCCACAGCUACCUGCGGGCCAUCCAGGCGGGCUGUUCCCAGGAUGAAGAUACGGCCUCUGUGGACUCAGACUCACCACCACCCACCACUAAAGGCUACAGCUACAGCUCCAACACCAUUACCAAUAGGAAGGCUCCUCCUCCAGUCCCACCCCGCACCACAUCCAAGCCCCUCAUCUCGGUGACGGUGCAGAGCAGCACAGAGUCAGCCCAAGACAUAUACCUUGACCAGCAGGACCGUGGCAGUGAGGCUAACAGCCAGUCAGGACGCAGCAACUCCUCUGACAGUCUCUGUAGCAUCCGCACAGGCAGUCUGGCUAAGGGAACCCAGCCUCCCCCAGUGCCUGUCCCUGUUGCAGCCCCUGCACCUGCAGCAGUCUCUGUACCUCCUGUCCCAGCCCCUCGUGACCUCCCAGCCACCACCACUGUCGCCACUACCACUACUUCGACAUCUACUCAGUCUCAAAAUGACACCCUGAGCUUUGGUUUCACCCUAGAGCAGCCCCCAACUGCGACCAAGAGGAAGCUGUCCUCUAUUGGAAUUCAGGUGGAUUGUGUUCUACCGGUCUUAAGAGAGGAACCACUUCACCUGGCUGCACCGCUUAAGUUUCAGUCAAUUGGAGUUCAGGUGGAGAACGGCAGGCCUCUCAGCCGGGACAACAGCAUGGCCUCCAGACAAAAUACAGAGACUGAGCCUCAGGAGACCCAGGAUGUUACACCUACAGAAAACAACACAGCCAACGGCACCAACAGUCAAACAAUGAAUACCACCGCGCCCAACAGACAGGACAAAGCCAUGGAACAGCAGUCCCUUAAACACACCUCGGCCCCAUCCAGGAUAUCGACCUCGCCCCCAGAGACUUUGGACCCAGCUUUAGACCCCUCCUCGCUGCCACCGCCAGAUCCCAGCCUGGAGACCGGGAACUGCACCACCCACGGAGAUGCUGUUCAGCCCAGCACGCCAGCUUGCCUCCGCGAUGGUAACUGGUUUCUGAAGCUGCUGCAGGCGGAAACGGGACGCAUGGAGGGCUGGUGUCAACAGAUGGAUCAGGAGGUCAAAGACAACAAGCUGUCAGAGGAGGUGUUGGGGACGAUCCGCAGUGCAGUAGGCAGCGCUCAGCUCCUCAUAUCACAGAAGUUUGAACAGUUCAGAGGGCUCUGUAAUGAGAACUUGAACCUAAACGCCAACCCCCGACCAACAGCACAGGACCUCGCAGGGUUCUGGGAUCUGCUACAGCUCUCAAUAGAAGACAUCAGCAUGAAGUUUGAUGAGCUCUACCAACUUAAAGCCAACAACUGGCAACUUCCUGAGAAACCAGAGAAGAAGGAUGAAAACAAGCACCUUCCAUCAUCUGUGCCAAAGAAGCAGUCUAAGCCCAAGCUAUCAGCGGGGAAGGACAGGAGCGUGGACUCGGCUGUGGACAAGCAGCGGCAAGAAGCCAGGAAAAGGCUGAUGGCAGCAAAGCGCGCGGCAUCAGUACGACAGAACUCCGCCACGGAAAGCGCUGACAGCAUCGAAAUCUACGUCCCCGAGGCCCAGACCCGCCUCUGAGAGUGAACCAGCAGUGAUCAUCGAAAAAAAUCCUGACUCACUUCAGACAUUCAUUGACACAAACACACAAGACAGAUCUGACACGACACACAGAUGUACAACGGAUGCACAGUGGCCGAUCCCUCAAAGCAGCACAGCUGAUAACAGGAGAAAUGUGGGGGGCACAGAAACAAUCCAGAAUAAUGCAGAUCAUCACCCUGCUGCCAUGGGACUGAAAUAUCCUUGACAGAUGUUUAAUACUAUUGUUAUUAUUGACAUUAUAAUAAUUAUUAUCUCGUAAAGUAUAUCAGGACUGUCUUAAAUGUGCAAGUAUCUUGGAUGAGGACAUCCUGUACCUUGUGAGCCGAAGAAUCUUGGUAUCCCAGAAGUUUACUCUCCUAAAACUCCCCUCACUGCUACCGGCAAGUUGUGGCUGCCUGGUUUACGAGCUGAGCUACCAUCCACACACACUCAGGACACACAUGCAGGUGUACUCACUGUCCACAGAGUCUUCCUGUUCUCUAUUUGUAUUAGGCUGCCACUCGUUGGGUGUGGUGUGUAGGCUUUACUGUGUAAGAAAUACAAGAUGGUGUUAAUGUACUCCAGAGGUUUUAAAAUGCAGAGAACCAGAGGAAGGCAGUAGCAUAUAUAUUAUAAAUAUCACACUAUUACAAUGUUCAUUUUGUAAAUGUUGUAUACCAGAUUAUUUGUUAGAAAGAGGUCAGUGUUCAGUACCAAGGUAGUUUUUUAUAGAUCGAGUACAUGUACUGUCAUGAGAUAUUAGCACUUGAUGCAAUCAUUCACUCCACCAUCUUCCUUUUCACAAACGCACACUACAAAGUCUGUGUCUGUGAAUACCCAUUGUUAAAAGUCUUACAUUUUUUUAUUUUUGUGAAGGGAUGUGAGGAUGACUGCCCAGCCAGUGAGCCACAGAGGAAUGUAUGAGACGUAUGCAUUUAUACAGCUCACGUCGACUUGAUCACUGCACUUUCCAUUCACCUCAGAUCAAGUUUGCUCACCUUUGUUUGCCUGAUCAUUCUGAAUUUCACUGCAUCCUCACGUGAUGUAGGGGACCAAGACAUUCACCACUCGUUAUGGCAUUCCCAUUCCACCAAGACUACGUGUGGUAGGGUGGGGGUUUACUUGCUACUGGAAAGGAAAUGGAAUAGUAUAGCAAUAAUAAAAUUGUAUUAGAGCAAGCAAUGUAGUAGGUACCCAGUCUUAAAUUAUUUAAUUCAACAUUUCCAAUAAGGCUUGCGUGAAGGAUGAAUGUUUGUCUUUUGUGAACUGACAGCCCUUGAAAUGACUCUCAGGUCACACACUCAAAACUCAACGGUAACCACUAUGGAUGGAUUAUUUAUUAUAUAACCACAAAUGAAUUGGCCAAAAAUGCUCAGACGUUGGCAGACAUUUCAAACCCAGACCUAAUUAAAACAAAAAUAAGCUUUGGUAAGGUUUGCUGCGGUGAAGGACAGGCUUAAUUUGACUGCUAAAGUCAGAAGCCCUUCACUCCCCUUUCUAGCAGCUUGAACUCUCACCUCUGUUGCAAAACUGUGGUACACUUUUAAAAAAAAUAAAUAAAAAAAAGUAAUGUAAUUUGACACGUUUUGUUUAAUCUGAAAUGAGGUCAGCCUAAAUCGUGUCCUGACUUCUGUAAUUAUAAUAAUUAAUGGUGCUGCAAGGGUGUUAAUAUUGUGCCAAGACGGCAAUGAUCAUCAACAUUUCAGUGUCAUUUGAUAAAGAUUUUAUUUAAAGUGAUUUUUUUGUUUUUCUAUUUAAUCUGCUCAUGGAUUCAACAGCCUGUCUGCCCAUUCUCAGCAAAGUUGGUUUGUGCGUGCAUCAGCUCACUCCAGAUACGCUAUGCCUGGUCUCUGUCUGAACUCAUGACACAUUGAUAAUGGGACUGGUGUUUUCCAUGUUUCACUUCUCAAAUGGAAACAAGGUCCAGCGAUACAUGAAUGGAAUUGGGCAUAGCAGAUACUCAUGCACAAGUGUAGGUUGACUUACUAGUUUGUUUGUUUUUUUUUUUAGUAAGAGCUGGCUCUCCCCCUACUGGUCAGUCCUUGUCUGACACUCCAGACAUCCUGUUGUGCUCCAUUUUGAAUCUUAAGUUAACAUCAAUCAAGAAAUGAAAUUGAACUGGGAAUGCUGACACAACACCAAGUUGUUGAUUUUCUUAUUCUCUUAUUUGUAGUACAUCAACAAUGGACAUGUGCAUUUCAUUGUCCAAAGAAAUCAUUAAACAUCCCUUUGCUACA